AUGCCGUCGUCGUCUCUCGAGCAGCACAAGCAGCGUCUGGCGUCGUGCGGCACGGGCUUCAACGUCCGUCUCUGGUGCAACAAAGACCCAUGCGGCAUCGUGUGCGCUGUCAUCUCGUGGCUACUGGUGCUGUACGCCGAGUACACCGUCGUGGGCGUCGUAGUGUACCCGUGGAUGGGCCUGUCGCCUCUGAGUCUGCUACACAUGUUUUUGUUCUCGAGCAUUUGCUUCUUGGCGCUUGUGUCGCAUGGAAAAGCGAUGUUGACGGAUCCGGGAGCUGUUCCAGAGUCGGCGCUGCCAUUGGCAUUGGCACAUGCGUCGAAGGACGAGAUACAGAGACUAGAAGAGCAGAAGUACCGGACGUGUCGUCGAUGUCGACAGUUUAAACCAAGGCGAGCGCAUCAUUGCUCGGUCUGCGAUCGCUGCGUCAUAAAGAUGGACCACCACUGUCCCUGGGUGAACAACUGUGUAGGUCUGGGCAACCACAAGUUCUUUCUGCUCUUCAUCUUCUACGUGUUCGUGCUGUCUGUCUACGCGCUCACGCUCGUGUUCUUCCGUUACGCCAAAUGCAUCAACGAAUCAUGUCCUUCUUACGGAGCGAUCCGAGUUGUCUGCUUGAUCCUGGAAUCCGUGCUGUUUGGACUCUUCACCAUGUGCAUGAUGUGCGACCAGUACAGCGUGAUUACCACGGGAACGACGCAAAUUGACCGCCUGAAGGGCGAAGUCGCAGCUAGCCUUGGUUUGCGCGAAGUCUUUGGCGGCGCAGACUGCAAUUUCGCAUUACACUGGCUUCUUCCAGUGAACAUUUGGUUCCCCUCGUCGGUCAAGAACCAGGUGCUGGGCUACUUGAUGGAGCACGAGCUGACCUUUUCCGAGGACGAAGCCACGGAAAUGGAUACGUUCUUGGACGACGAUAGCGUACCUAACUCUGCUAUCACCAUGACAACAGAAACGCUGGAGGGAGGAUGGUCAGUGGAAAAGCGAGUGCCGGCUUCUGGCGCUCCUGACAUCGUGUAG